GGCCUAUAGCCUACGCUCUGGCCGAGCGCUUUGACAACUCAGCGGUUAUUCGUCGCGUAGAGUGUCCGUUGUUGGUAGUGCAUGGCCUGAGAGACGAGCUCAUCUCGCCGUACCAUUCACAGCAGUUGUUUGACCUUUGCCCGUCUUCGCGUAAGCACUUGCUGUACCUACCUGACGCGGACCACAACACUUUUGACCCGUCCGAAGACAUUGCUAAGCCAUUGCGCAUGUUUGCCAAUGCCUAUGCCAUUCCGCGGGGGAAGCUGCCGACACCCUCGCGCCGGCCGCAGGUGAGGACGCGGUGA